UGGUAAGUUUUGUGUCAUCUACUAUUUGAUAGGAGAGCCAGAUGAAACGUCUCAUCUUUGAACUGAAGUCAUCUACGGAGAAGCGACCAAGACAGAAGCGCUCCCAUUGGUUGACGUCAUCAGCGGGUGCUCACCGAAGAGAGAAGCGCUCCCGUUGGCUGACGGGGAGUGACGAAAUUCGCAUAGUGAACCCAGGUACUGGUGCUGUUAACACGACUGAAGGCGUGGUGGAGGUCCGGAAGUUUGGGUUCUGGGGACGGAUCUGUGACAAGGCCUGGGGAAUGGGCGAGGCAACGGUCGUCUGUAGACAGCUGGGAUACAAGACAGCACUGGACUUCUACAAAAAGGCGGAGAAGAAAUUUGGUGUCGGCCCUGGAACAGCGAACAGGUGGCUGAGCGACGUUCAGUGUGCCGGAAACGAAGCGACCCUAGCGGAGUGUACGCUAAACACAGGCAUCGGGGUGUGUGCUUCCAGGCGCCGCUGGUCUGCUGGAGUCAAGUGCCAAGACCUAGAAAUGAACUAA